UAUGAUGUUUAAUUGGAAAAUUAUUAGUAUUAUAAAUAGAUUAUGUAUAUUUUUAUGAAACGAACGAAAAAAAAAUAAUUUAUACAUAUUUUUAUAGGAUGGAAGAACUAUUAUAAAUGAACGUUUAAAAAAAAUUUGGGACGUGGUUAUAGGAAGGGGGUGGAAGUAGUGUAAUAACACCAAAUUCCCGCUCCCCAAAUCAACUGCAAGUCUGCAAUGCCAAUUGAUCAAGUCUCAACUCUAGCUCCCUUCUUCCUCGUGCGAACACGUGGGGCACACGUGCCAGAUAAUUCCUAAAGAGCUCCACGUGGCCCAAUCAAAUCCUUACACUUGACCAUGCGAUAUCAGGGUGGAACAAUCAAAUGGAUAUGCUUGAUGCUCCAACCACUACAAUCAACCCUACUUAAAACCGCGCGACUCGACUCGCAUACACUCAGUAUAUCCUUUUCCACCAUCAAAAUAUUUCUCCAUUUCUUCUUUUCCCUAUUUUCAUGUUUGGUUUUUCCAGAAUAUUCCCACUAAAUUCCCCGCCUUAAUCCCCAUUUAUUAUGCCAAACCGCUAGCUUUUUUCUCACCAUUCAACAUUCCCCAAUUCCAUUUCUCUACAAUCAUAAGCAAAAAAGAAAAAAAAAAACUGAAAGCUGUGGAAUUAAAUUAAAUGUAUAGUUUGACGAGAAUGAAGAGAGUGACUGACCCGUUGGGUGAUAAGGUAAAGGCGCGGAUCGUCGGCUUCAGCAGCGGCAGCGAGUACAGCGCCCACGCCGACGAUGACGUCACCUCCCCAAGCCUCUCCGAGCUCUUCUUCGGCUUCGGCGGCGGCGGCGAUUCGUCGCCGGAGAAUUGCGACUCGGAUUCCGAAAGCGAUUCCUCAUCGCGCGAGUCGUGCUGCCGGAAUGCCGAUCUGAUCAAACCGAUCGUGCUGGAUCGGACGGACGAGUUUAGGAACGUGCUCACGGCUCACGUGAUGAAUGCGGUGCAGAUUUACUCCUCCUGCUUGAGAUCGGAUAAUUAUAAGCAGGUAUUGCGGAGGAAUGUGAUGGCGUUUUUGAGGAAUUGCGGCUACAAUGCGGCGGUAUGCAAGGCGAAGUGGCCGAGCUCCGGCGGACUCACCGCCGGAAGCUACGAAUUUAUCGAUGUUCUGACGGUGGAUCCGUCGUCGCCGGCGCCGGUGCGGUACUUCGUCGACCUCGACUUCGCUGCGGAGUUCGAGAUCGCGCGGCCGACGGCCGCCUACGAGCGGCUGCUGCAGCUGCUGCCUAGGGUUUUCGUCGGAAAAAUCGACGAUCUGAGGCGGAUUUUGAAGGCGGUGAGCGACGCAGCGAAGCGGUCGUUGAAGAGCAGGGGGCUCCACCUGCCGCCGUGGAGGAAGCACCGCUUCAUGCAGAACAAAUGGCUCGGUCCGUACCGGCGGACCACCAACGUCGUUACGGUGUCGAAAUCGUCGGUCGAGACCGGCUAUGGCGUUAAGUGCCGCGCCGUUGGAUUUGACGCCGUCGGAGACGGUGGUCGUCUAAUGAUUCCCGCGGCAGCCCGUACGAGAUGAUUGUAGUGGAAUAUUAAUAUAAUAUUCGUGUAUUUUUUUAGAUUAAAAAAUUAUAUAUAUUUGUUUUUUUCGGGAGUAA